AUGCCAUUCGGCGAGAAGCACGCCCGUUUCGGGGACUCGAAGAACCGUCUGGAGGACCGCAGCAGAAUGCUGACGAUGAAGUACGGAAAGCAGCAGAUGGCUCUGAUCAGAAAGAGGAUGAAGGUGGAGAACUGGAUCGAAACGGAGGUCACCAAACUAUUCAACGGCAACGAGAACAACGUGAGUCAAAAGAUGAUGUCAAGUAAAAACAUUUCAAUGUUUCGAUUUGAUUCUGUUCUUUCUCUGCCUGACUAUACUCUAGGAACAAUACUAGAUUGUUGUAGAACGUGGAGAUCGAUCUGGACAAGAUCCAGGACCUGGAGGACGUGGCGGCCAAGAGAAAGUACGCAUUCGAGCAACUGCAGAAGGGACACUGCCCGAGCUCGAUGGACAAGAUCAUCGUGUUCCUGGACGAGAUGAUCGUCCAACUCAACACACUCUAA